UAAAAUUUUAGAUAUGGUGGAGCAGAGCGAAAAUAAUGGAUCCAUCGAAUGUUGAUGAAAGUUCGUGGCGAUUCUCAUGAAUAAAUACAAGUUUCUUUAUAUUGAUUUCUAGUGUGAUUUGGUAAAAAAUUUACGGAUUUCAGGUUUUGAGCGAUACUGUUGUUUGUUUCAAUAGUUUGGUGGAGUAAUUAGGUUUUCUUGCUUGCCUGGUUCAGUCCAAAUUCCGAAUGGAUAAUAAGAAUACAAUCGUUUUUAAAACUUUAGCAAAUUUUCAAGGAGUUAGGCAUCAACAGACCAUAGAGACGUCUGUUCUGAAGGUGGGUUUAAGCUAUCUUGGAUCUUUUACCUCCACCAUUUCUUUCUGCUGGUGGUUGGAACUAAAACUAUGCUCAAUGCUCAUGGAUCAUUUUUGAUGAAUUAUACCACAAUUUUUUGUUCAUUUUUCAUUAAUGUUGCUUUAGUCCACUAGUAUUUCCCCGAUUUCAUGAUUUGCAUCUUGUUUUAUGAAGUUGACAUUUCUUUCUGAUGAUUGAAGACGCAAUGGUUUUACAAGAAUGACUUUUGAGGCCUAAUGAUCAAUUGUUGCCAUUGUGUUGUAAUAACGUUUUAGGCUUAUUAAUCAGUUGAAUGCAAUAAACGAAUUGAUACAGAAAUACUAAUCAACAUAUAACAUAUAAAGGCUUGGGCUGCUGCUCAUGAAACUCCCAAGUCUUAUAAUAAUAUGUUUCUGAAAUUUUGUUGGUUUAAUUGUUCAUAUCUCAAGACAUUUUUUUUUUCAACUUUUAAUCAUCAAUGGCGAUUGCAUGAGUCCUAUAGCAUGUGCCUCAUACCCUGGGAUAAAAGAGUUGUGUUGCAUAUUCCAGUCUGGCCAUCUUUUGUUGUCAUCGCGUAUGCUGAGUUUUGGCCUGCACUUGUGUUUUGUCUAUUUAAACUUAUAUUUUCUCAUUGAAUUCAAUAAAAAAGAAAUGACACGGUGAUUCCCUAGUAAUUUUGUCCAUUACAAUAAUGAUAGUCACUCUGCUGGUCCUUUAGUAUUAGGACAUCAAGAAACUUGCAAAACCCAGAAUGAAGAUAUGGAGGUGGAAGUCUAUCCCGACUCUGAUGUGGAAGACCCUGAUGUCAAAGUUUGUGGUAUCUGUGGUGAUGAAGGGCGGAAGGAUUUGCUCGUUAUCUGUUCUCGUUGUAGUGAUUGGGCAGAACAUACUUAUUGCAUGCUAAAAGUGCCGACUAAAGUGCCAAAGGGCAACUGGGUGUGUUUAGAAUGCAAAGUGGAGGAGAAAUCGAGUAAUCAGAGGCAAGAUAAAAUUGGAAGGAUAGAUGGAAAUGUGAAAAAACAACUCCUGUAAGCCUCUGAUAUGUCGACUGGAUAGGAAUGUGUUUGUUCUUGUUAAUUUGAUGAAGAAUUAAGUUGUAUUGGAGAUAUUUGCUUCUUUUCUGGAACUGUGAUUAUUGUGGAUGAAAAUCCAAAGGGUUUAGUAAUUUUAGUUUAAAUCAUGAAAGACUAGACAGUUCUUCAGUGGAUUGUUAACAGUUUCUUGUUCUUAGAAUAAACACGUGAUGACUAUGCCAAUUGUAGCAGAAUUGAUCUUCAA